CAAUAAUCUGCAUUGUUACAUCAUAAUUGUUUUUAAGAUGAAUAUUUUCUAGUAAAUAAAACAAUAAAACAUUUUUUUGUUGACUGUUGUCAAACAAUGACUAUUGUUGUCAUACAGGUCGCUUGUUCGCAUUUGGUAGAUGUUAUAAAGUUAUUGGUAAUCAUAUUGAUUUAGAUUCAAUAGAAAAUUUUAAUCCAAGAAGAUCAUAACUUAUUCUUUAAAAUUUAUUAAAAACAGUUUACAUUGUUUAAUAAAAAUUAGAAAUAUUGUUAAUCUUUAGUUUGAUUGUGAUCAAAUAUUUAAUGAUUUCAAACAUAAUUCAUGUACAGGUCGCUUGUACACGUUUGGUGGAUUUAAGUGUUUAAAUUCAAUUGAAAGUUUUGAUCCAAGAGAAGGGAAAUGGAAAUCACUAAAACCAAUGAAUGAGAAAAGACCUUCAUUGUGUGGUGUUGUUUACAAUGAUGAGAUUUACGCCAUUGGUGGUUAUGGAUUGAAAAGUGUCGAGCGGUAUAACACACGAAUCAACACUUGGACCAAUGUUAGCAGCUUGAACCACGAGCGAUGGCUUUCUUGUGCUUAUGUUGUGAAUGGGAAGAUAUACGUCAUUGGAGGCCAUGAUGAUGCUGCAUCAACAUCAAUUGAGGCUUAUGAUGCAACAAUCAAUGAAUGGAAGAUUGAAACCAACAUGGAGACAUCAAGACAUAAUGCAUCAGUUGUAGCUUUGUAAACAAAGUGAAAAAUUGUUUUAAACAAGCUUUACCCUUCAUACAUUUACUAAUUAAAAGUUAGUUUCAUACUUUCAUUUAUUACAUCACAAUUCACUCUAUGCACUUUAAAUGUGUUCUAUCAACCAUAGAAGUAUAAACUAGACAACCAGAUCAAGCAAAUGAAUUUAUUUCAAUCUGAGAAAAAAUGUUUUUUAACUGCGGUGUUUUUCUUGGUUUAAACAACUUGUGUUUUCUAUUUUACUUGUAACCAUUAACUGAGGUUGUUCUAAUGUGUUUUACCUUCCUGGCAUUUGAUGUUCUUUCCAUGUAUAUUGUGAUAAAUGAACCGCACAAGUUAUCAGUGGGGACAUCCUGGGUUGAUAACAUGGUUUGUCAAGACAAUUAUCAACAAGUAUGACAAUCACAACUCACAAACCAAUCUAUGCAUUUCAAUUAUGAACUCUUCCAUAUCUUGCUUUAAACAAUUUAUUUUGUAACUGUGUUGUAUAAUAUUUUUUUAAUGAUUGUUUUCCCAAAGUGCCAACAUUUUAUAAUCAAUAUUUGUAGAAAUCACUUUUAAGUAGUACGUAUAUACAUAUUUUAGCUUUUCUUAAUUUCCCCAUCACUAUCCUGUCUUUGCAAUUAAAAUGUGAACUCAUUGU